AUGUUGCGGACUCUGACUAUUAACCUUUUUAUAAAAUGCCGGCGCCCUAAGAUUGCUGAUUCAUUUAUUAGUAAACAGUGCCGAGGCACGUCUACUUCAUUUGAUAUUGGUCCUCAAACAGUCCAGCCACCUAAAAUAGUUAAGGCAAUGGCUGAUGAUAAAUCCCACUUCCUGUUGCCCAACAACCAAAGAUUUGUGGAGCUGGACAGUUCUCAAGCAUUUAAUAAAUUAACAGACAAUGAAAAACUGUAUGCACACUACUUGAGUCAGGCAGCAUGGAAUGGCGGUCUUAUUGUUCUUAUGCAGACAAGCCCGGAGUCUCCGAAGAUCUUUUCUUUGUUGCACAGGAUUUUCUCCAUGGAAUCAGUACAGUCACUUAGGGAAGCAGCCAAUGAACAGGGUGUUAACAAUGAUGAUUUUCAAGCAUUUUUAGUGUAUGCUGGUGGUAUUUUUGCCAACAGCGGUAACUACAAGGGUUUUGGUGAUACCAAGUUCAUUCCGAAUUUAUCUCCCACCUCUUUUGAGCUGAUUGUAAGGGGUUCGAAAGCCUUCGACGAUGAUACCCAACAUAUGAUGAAGCUUUGGCAACAAUGCGAGAACUUUAUUUAUAGCAUUGCCCCGAGACUCACUCGUCUCGGUUUGGCUGAUAAGGGUGUAACCACCUACUUCUCCUGUAACUGCACUGAAGAAGAUUCCAACUUAGUCAAUGAUUGGAUGAAAACUAAACGCAUUGAAGCAUACAUUUGUCGUACAUUCAAGACUAAGGCGGAAGAUGGCUUACCCCUAUACACAAUCCGAUUGGCUAGUGUGGAAACUUCACCAAAACCAUCUCUAACGAUGGCUCCUGAGAAGUACAAAGGUGCCUACUUCCAAGUAACUCGUGGUGACUACUCUCCACUCCUGAAGCUUGUGAACGAGAACCUGAUUAAGGCUAAGGAGUAUGCUGCCAAUGACAAUGAGAGGAACAUGCUGGAACAUUAUGUCAAUAGCUUCAGAGAAGGGGAUCUGAGCGAGCAUAAGGAGGGCAGCCGAUACUGGAUCAAGGAUAAGGGACCAAUUAUUGAAACAUAUCAAGGGUUUAUUGAAACAUACCGUGACCCUAGCGGUCAGCGCGGUGAGUUCGAAGGUUUCGUCGCCAUGGUGAACAAGGAAAUGUCCAAGAAGUUCGGAGAUCUCGUGGACGGAGCCGAGCGGUUCAUCAAGUUCCUCCCUUGGGGCGAAGAUCUUGAGAAAGACCACUUCCUAAGACCUGAUUUCACCAGUUUAGAUGUUCUUACUUUCUCUGGAAGUGGAAUCCCUGCUGGAAUUAACAUUCCUAAUUACGAUGAGAUUCGCCAAAACGAAGGCUUCAAGAACGUGUCCCUUGGCAACGUGAUCCCGGCUGCGUACAAGGAAUCCGUCAUUCCUUUCCUCUCAGAAAAAGACAAGGAAUUAUUGGAGAAAUACAGGGUUGCAUCAUUUGAAGUACAAGUUGGAUUGCACGAGUUGCUCGGCCAUGGCAGUGGUAAGCUGUUGAUGCAGAAUGCUGACGGUAGCUUCAACUUCGAAAAGGACUCCGUUAUCAACCCUCUUACUGGCAAACAGAUCGAGUCGUGGUACUCUCCUGGCGAAACCUACGACAGCAAGUUCACGACCCUCGGCUCUGCUUUCGAAGAGUGCCGCGCUGAAGCCGUCGGUCUCUAUCUAUCGCUGGUACCUGAGAUACUCAAAGUCUUCGGCUACGAGGGUCAGGAAGCGCAAGACGUGACGUACGUGAACUGGCUGAGUCUGCUGUGGAACGGCGCCGCUAAGGCCACCGAGAUGUACCAACCAAACACCAAGACUUGGCUGCAGGCGCACGCCCGUGCCCGCUUUGUGUUGAUGCGUCUGUUGGAGCUGGAGGGCGAGGGCAUGCUCACCAUCACGGAGUCGGAACCUGGGAAGAAUCUGCUCCUCACUCUGCAACGGGAACAUCUUGCUACUCGCGGCAAGAAAAUUAUUGGGGACUUCCUGGUGAAACUGCAAACUAUCAAGGCUACAGGAGACGUGGAAGCUGGAGAAAAACUGUUCGACAAGUACAGUCGGCUGGACGAGCCGUGGAACCGUUGGCGCGAUAUUGUCCUGAUGCACAAACAGCCACGCAAUAUCUUUGUGCAGCCUAAUACUAUUGUUGGCGAGGGUAAACAAGUAGAGCUGAAGCGCUACCCAGCCACUGCAGAAGGUAUGAUCGCGUCCUGGGUGGAACGCUUCCCCACCACCGACGUGGAUGAAUUCCUGGAAGAACUGACUGAGAAGGACAGCUCACACUUCCGGGACCUGAAGGCCGUCGCCACCAUGUAA